AACAUAUAUACAUAUAAAAGAAUUCUAAGCCAGCUAUUUUCAUUUAAACCGACACAAUUAUAACAAUUUCUCACUGUUCUAUUUUAUUUUUUCAACUGCUCAAAACAGAGUAAACAAAAAACAAAAACCUCGUAAUAAAAAACUCAAAAAUUAAGAACCUUUGAUUGAUGGCACUUACAAAUGAAAUCAUGGGUUCUUCAUUGGUAGAAAGAUCUUUGUUUCCUUCGUCUUCACCAAGUUUUCAACAGAAACGUGGAAGUUUCUUGAUCAACCCUGUUUUGGUUCCUUUAGGAAACAGAAGAGUUUUGAAAUUGAGAAAAUCUGCUAAGUUUCCUGUUGCAGCUAUAAGUGAGGAUUUGGUGAAGGGUUCAUCUUCUUCUUUGUCAUCGUCAUCAUCUUCUUCUUCUUCUUCUUCUUCUUCUUCUGUUCCUGAAGAGAAACCAGUGAAAUUCAAAGUUAGAGGUGUUGUGACAAUAAGGAACAAGAUCAAAGAGGAUUUCAAAGAGACUUUUGUUAAACAUCUUGAUGCUUUAACUGAUAGGAUUGGAAGAAAUGUUGUUCUUGAACUUUAUAGCACUGAGAUGGAUCCAAAAACAAAAGCUGCAAAGAAGAGUAGUGAAGCAGUGUUGAAGGAUUGGUCAAAGAAGACAAACAUUAAGGCAGAGAGAGUGAAUUACAUAGCUGAAUUCAUAGUGGAUUCAAGUUUUGGAGAGCCAGGAGCUAUUACUAUUAUAAACAAUCAUCAACAAGAAUUUUACUUGGAAAGUAUAACCCUUGAAGGAUUUGCAACUGGACCAGUUCAUUUCCCUUGCAACUCUUUUGUUCAAGCCAGAAAAGAUCUUCCUGGAAAGAGGAUUUUCUUUUCUAAUAAGGCUUAUUUACCGGAUGAUACACCUGCUGGGAUUAAAACUUUGAGAGAGAAAGAGCUGAGAAAUUUGAGAGGUGAUGGAAGUGGAGUUAGAAAAUUAUCUGACAGAAUUUAUGACUAUGAUACAUACAAUGAUUUGGGAAAUCCAGAUAGAGGAAUUGAAUUUGCAAGACCAACACUUGGUGGAUCUGAAAUGUAUCCAUACCCAAGACGGUGUCGUACUGGCCGUGGACCAUCUGAUACAGAUAUAACCGCUGAGAGUCGUGUAGAGAAGCCACAUCCUAUGUACGUACCAAGAGAUGAACGGUUUGAGGAAUCAAAACAGAACACAUUUUCAGUGAAGAGGCUAAAGGCAGUGCUACAUAACUUGCUUCCUGGCCUUAAAUCAAGUCUUUCUGCUCACAACCAAGAUUUCAAUGACUUUUCAGAUGUUGAUGGCCUUUACAGUGUAGGGUUACUCAUUAAGUUGGGUUUGCAAGAUGAUGUUUUGAAGAAAUUACCAUUACCUAAAAUUUUUAGCAAAAUUCAAGAAUCUAGCCAGGGUCUUCUAAAGUAUGACACUCCCAAAAUUAUAUCAAGUGAGUAUAUGGUUUUUUUAUUGUCAAUUUCUUGCUAACUAUUUUGGAUACAC